AGACAAUGCCCGGAGCGCCCGGCGAAAGUUGGGAGUUAGUGGAGUGUGCGGGUGGAGAAGGGCUGCCGCGCAGGACCGGAGCCGGCAGACCGGGGCCCCUCCCUCGGGAUGCAGGCUCCGGGAAAGGUGUGCCGAGCAGGUCUAGGACCUGCACAGCGAGGUGUUUUCUCAUGGCAGCAAGCGAACCUCUUAGUUCUUGCCAACAUGAGCAGGAAACCUGGGGAGGGUGGCGGACAGGCGUCCCGCGUAUCUAAGAUGCCAUGGUUGCGUUCUGCUUGGCUCGACUCCUCUGGGCUCUGAAGCAUUUUAACUUCAUCCACAGCUUACCAGGAGUGUGGCAGCUCAGCGUCUGAGUGGCCCUGGGUUAUGGAGAGGAGAGAGAGGCAGGUAGCACAGGCGGGGAGAUAGGAACUCGAGAGCGAGCAGGAGAUUUCCUUGGGCUGAAAGGACACAGUGUUAGAAAGCCAAAAGGUGGAGGGAGCAUCCCCAGCAGCGAAAGGCGCGUUGUUAACUGCAGAUUUUAUGUGCAGGACAUUUGACGGCGUAAGGGAAGAGAACAUGCGUCAUGAGAUUAACCGUGCUGAUAAGGAGGCAACUUCACAGGAGCUGCUAAGAUGGGCAUGAGGAUCAAACUACAAAGCACCAACCACCCCAACAACCUGCUGAAGGAACUCAACAAGUGCCGGCUCUCGGAGACCAUGUGCGAUGUCACCAUCGUGGUGGGGAGCCGCUCCUUCCCGGCCCACAAAGCUGUGCUGGCCUGCGCAGCUGGCUACUUCCAGAACCUCUUCCUGAAUACUGGGCUCGAUGCCGCCAGGACCUAUGUGGUGGACUUUAUCACUCCCGCCAACUUCGAGAAGAUUCUGAGCUUUGUCUACACAUCUGAGCUCUUCACAGACCUGAUCAAUGUUGGGGUGAUCUACGAGGUAGCUGAGCGUCUGGGUAUGGAAGACCUCCUCCGGGCCUGUCACUCCACCUUCCCUGACCUGGAGAGCACUGCUGUGGCCAAGUCCCUGACCAGCACCAGUGAGAGCCACUCGGGCACCCUGAGUUGUAGCUCAGCAGAACCUGCCCAUCCCCUUGGAGAACUCCGGGGUGGCGGGGAGCCCUUUGGUCCUGAUAGAAAUUAUGUUUUGCCUAGUGAUGCUGGAGGAAGCUAUAAAGAUGAAGAGAGAAAUGUUACCAGUGACUCUCACCAUAGCCUGCCCCUGCCACAGCAGCCACUGCCGCCAAAGACGGAAGACCAUGAUAAUCCUGCUCCUUUCACAUCUGUACCUAAUGUGGUGACCCAGCCAGCCCUAGGCACGGCCAGCAUGGGCAUCCAAACCAGCACAAGCUCCUGCCAGCCAUACAAGCUUCAGAGCAAUGGAGACUUCAGUAAAAACAGCUUCUUCCCCCCGGACCAUGCAAUAGACAUCACCACUGGGACCAACUCCUGCCUGAGCAAUAGCGACCACUCCAAAGACCCAGGCUUUGAGCAGAUGGACGACCUCCAGCUGGAGGACCUGGGGGAGGACGACCUGCAGUUUGAAGACCCCACCGAGGAGAUCGGCACAGCUGAGGUGAUUGAGCUGAGUGAUGACAGCGAGGAUGAGCUGACUUUCGGAGACAAUGACAACCGGGAGAAUAAGGCCAUGCCCUGCCAGGUGUGCAAGAAAGUUCUGGAGCCCAACAUCCAGCUGAUCCGACAGCACGCUCGGGACCACGUGGACCUGCUGACAGGCAACUGCAAGGUGUGCGAGACCCACUUCCAGGACCGAAACUCCCGGGUGACCCAUGUCCUGUCUCACAUUGGUAUUUUCCUCUUCUCCUGCGACAUGUGUGAAACUAAGUUCUUUACCCAGUGGCAGCUGACGCUCCACCGACGGGAUGGAAUAUUUGAGAACAACAUCAUUGUCCACCCCAAUGACCCCCUGCCGGGGAAGCUGGGCUUGUUUUCGGGGGCAGCCUCCGCCGAAUUGAAAUGCGCUGCCUGCGGGAAGGCUCUGGCCAAAGAUUUCCACGUGGUCCGGGGCCACAUCCUAGACCAUCUGACCUUGAAGGGCCAGGCCUGCAGCGUCUGUGACCAGCGCCACCUCAACCUCUGCAGCCUCAUGUGGCACAUGCUCUCCCAUCUCGGCAUUUCGGUCUUCUCCUGCUCUGUCUGUGCGAACAGCUUUGUGGACUGGCAUCUCCUAGAGAAGCACAUGGCUGUGCACCAAAGCCUGGAAGACACCCUCUUCCGCUGCCACUUGUGUAGCCAGAGCUUCAAGUCGGAGGCUGCCUAUCGCUACCAUGUCAGCCAGCACAAAUGCAGCAGCGGCCUUGACCCCCGGCCUGGCUUUGGGCUGCAGCACCCAGCUCUCCCGAAGCGGAAGCUGCCGGCAGAGGAGUUCCUGAGUGAGGAGCUGGCUUUACAGGGCCAACCUGGGAACAGCAAGUAUAGCUGCAAGGUCUGUGGCAAAAGAUUUGCCCACACGAGUGAGUUCAACUACCACCGGCGGAUCCACACGGGCGAGAAGCCGUACCAGUGUAAGGUGUGCCACAAGUUCUUCCGAGGCCGCUCGACCAUCAAGUGCCACCUGAAGACGCACUCAGGGGCCCUCAUGUACCGCUGCACAGUCUGUGGCCACUACAGCUCCACCCUGAACCUCAUGAGCAAGCACGUGGGUGUGCACAAAGGCAGCCUCCCACCCGACUUCACCAUUGAGCAGACCUUCAUGUACAUUAUCCAUUCCAAAGAGGCGGAGAAGAGCCCGGACAGCUGACUGGGUCCCACCGGAGCCAAGGGGAGCUCCCAGGUGGCAGCCAGGACAUUGACUUUCUAGUGGCUGUUCAUCCCACCCUAGCCGAAGUUACAGUUUUGCCUUGCUGGGAAUUCUGUUCUGUCCUGCGUUUAAAGAAGAAAAAAAGAGAAUAGCACAUGAGCUGUUACUGUUUUAGAGAAGCAGCGGCCCUAUCAUGUUUACCUCCUGACCUGUUCUUGCCCAUGAAGGGCUGUGUUUUUUAUUCUUUUGAGGCUGGUCUUGGGAUCUCGUCAGGCAGCUGGUGUCAGCUAGAUCCCCUUCCCCAGCCUCUCGAGUUUUAUGCUGCUAAGAACCCAACCGACAGCUUCACUGAAGAGAGGAGGUGGAGAGAGUUCUCACUGUGGGUGUAAUGCCAGACCUCCAUCGGGGACCACCAACUGUGAGAGCGUUUGGCAGUGUGGUCAUUUAGAAAAGACUAGUCAGCAGGGCAGCUCACCUCAGGUCCCCUUCCCGGCCCUCAGCAGGGAAAAGGCAACAGGGAUAGAGGUGCCUGUUGUUCCACGCCUCUAAUCUGCUGACUGGACAGUAAGAUCUUUGGGAAGCUAGAUCCAAACUGGGGACUAAGCUUUCUAUUUAGAUCAGAAAGCUUUGGGAUGAGUCCUGGCCAGGGCCACCAGAAAAGGUCCUGCAGGGCCACCAGAAGUGGCAGCCUGGACUGACAGGAAGGGAGGUUUCUCUUUUCUCCUCAGUUCCAAAGAAACAUGAUUUCAUGGAGUGAUGGCCCAGGGCAUCAGGCCUUCCCUGUGGGGCAAAGAGGACAGGGAGCCAUUUGAUAUAGUCCGUCACGUGUCAUCUGGUCACCUCCAUCAACUGUGAGUUUUCUGUUGGGGAAGUGGGGUUGUCUCUGACAGCAGCAGCAUUGCCUUAAUUUAUAUCCUGUCUCUCGCCUAGAAGUGUGUUUGACCCGUAGUGUAGAUGAGAAGACCCCACGAGGUGGAGUGAUGGACUGGAAGCCCUUCAGGAUUAAAGGGACCAAUGAUGACUGGUGGUGUGUAGCGGGAUGCCUCUCUGUCCCAGUUGGGUAACCUGUUUUGUGCAACUGGGCAGGAGCUCUGGCAGCUGACUUUUGACCUGCUGGAAUUUAUCCUGAUCUGUCUUUGUGUUGCCGCCAGUGGGCGCUAUUGGCUGACAGCUCGGUCAGGCCCUCCCUCGGUAGCUGGGAAACAUUUCUGCCCAGCCCUGGGGGCUUUGUUGUUAGUUGGCUUUUGAGGGGGCCCUGCCCAAAGAAGGCUUGAAUGCGAGGGCUCUUGACCUCACGUACUCAUUGGCUCACCUCUGUACACACUACCUCACCUGCUCAGGCCAGCGCUGGGAGUCCCUGAGCUAGGCCCUGACACUGCUCCUGGUGGGACUCAGCAGCACCCCGGGCUGUUUCACAAGCAAGUGGUUUUAAUGAACUCACAAAGCCUUUUUGGACGUUAAUAUUUAUUUAUUUUUAUGUUUGUAUGCAUAUUACCCAGCAUCUCUUUUGGAAAAGAGACUUCAGGAAAAUGAGUUUCUCCCCAGCAAGGAGCCAUGUCCAGGGGAGAAUCCUGGCCAGAAGUUUGGGAAAUAGGCUAGAACUGGGGGAGAACGUUUCAAGCCUUUAAACAGGGCAAAUUCUUUUUGUUCUCCCCAGAUAGGCGCUUACA